ACGCCAUUGCUGAAAGGAAACAGCGCGUUCAUUCAAAAAGCCAUUAACCCUAAUAAGCAGGCAACACAACAGCAACAGCAACAACAGCAACUAGAAAAGGAGCAACUGCAGCACUCAACAGUAGCAGCAGCAACAUCAUCAGAACGCUACGCAUCGCAUGGCAUCGAUGUGCCAUUGUCUGCUCCAGUUGUUGUUGUAGUUGAAGACGCCAGCCACAACAACACAAGUAGAGGGAGUCGCAAUCGCCCCGCUCCCAGCGCAAAAGGAGUUGAAGUUGCUUCAACACGUAAACAGAGAGGGUUGCCACAAAUGUUGCUGCCACGGCUGCUGCGACAGCGGCUGCUGCAUGUGCCGCUGCAUUUAAUGGAACUGCGAAUAUUGCUGCUCUGCCUGCCAACGUUGCUGCUGGCCACCACACUGGAGCCAGACCAAAAGUCAAUACUCACAGAUAACGAUUGGAAGAAGCUAUGGAUGCGCGGCGGUAUAAAUGCCGACUCAAAAUUGGAUAAUAAUCUCGACUCCAGUGACAGCCCCAUGUUCGAGGACAGUGAGCUGAUGGCGCAUAACACGACCGUCCAGCUUGGUGGCACCGCCUUUCUGGUCUGCAAGGUCUCCGGCGUGGAUAGAAAUCAAAUUUCUUGGAUACGCCGACGGGACUGGCAUAUAUUAUCCUCCGGCGCCCAGCUCUAUACAAACGAUGAGCGUUUCGCGAUACUGCACACGCCCGGCUCCAACAUGUGGACGCUGCAGAUAAAGUUUGUGCAGCGCCGGGAUCACGGCAUGUACGAGUGCCAGGUCUCGACACCAACUGGCAUCAUUUCUCACUUUGUGAAUCUUCAAGUGGUUGUGCCCGAAGCCUUCAUACUUGGCUCCGGUGAACUGCAUGUCGACAUGGGCUCAACAAUCAAUUUGGUUUGCAUUAUUGAGAAGAGUCCAACACCACCGCAGUACGUGUACUGGCAGAAAAACGACCGUCUCAUCAACUACUAUGACUCCAGGCGGGACAUCUCCAUCGAGACCACACCGGGGCCGCGCACGCAGAGUCGUCUUAUCAUUCGGGAGCCCCAAAUCACCGACUCCGGCAACUACACCUGCUCUGCCAGCAACACCGAGCCAGCUAGCAUUUAUGUCUUUGUAUCAAAAGGCGACAAUAUGGCGGCAAUCUCACGUCGCAAAACCUCCUCGGCCGAUCGCAUUACGCACAUAUUUAGGUCGAUGCUGGCGCCCUGUCUCCUGCUAAACACGGUCGUUGUGAGACGCAUUUUCUUGACCUAAGCAACUUAAAUCAGAUACAAAAUCAUGGCGCAAGCGAAACAAAAAUGGAAAUUUAGUAAAGUACUCAUAUGAUGAUAACAACACAACAAAAUCCUAUUUAAGCUAUUUCAAUGUUAGAAUUUAAAUAAAAUAAAAUCCAAGAAAAAAUUAAAUAUAAUACCUAUACAUACAAAUAAAUAAUUUAUUUAAAGAAAAGAACAAAAUCGACAUUUAAAAAAUAAAGAAAUAAAAAUCUAGCGUAAAUCUUAGGCUAAGCUCAAUAGAAACUGUGUAAAAAUCAACAUAAAUCGAAUCACAAUCUAUUCAGACUUAGAUUCAAUGAAUGUGUGUGUGUAUGCAAGGCAUUUACAACAACAACAAAAGAUGAGAAAAGUAUGAAAAACAAUAAAAUGUUUUGAUACUCGUAAACAUAAGUUUAAGUUGAGUUUUUAGUAAUCGUUUUACAUAAUUGUGUACAGUUUUUUAAUCACCCUCAAAUUUGUAAUUCAAGGUAAAUUCAUUUCUCCCAAGUUUCAUUUAAAGUUAGUUUAUGGCUUUUAAAUUCGUUAGCUUAUACAUAGUUAAUGCUUUGCCUUGCCAACAAAACAACAACAAUCAUUGGCCAUUCUCUGCAACAAAUUGUUUUGGAUAUCAAUAUGUUUUGUUGGGUCUUAAGCAAAUGUUUGCAUCGCUGACAGAUAUAAUCUCAAUGGAUCAAACUUGCGACCGCAUACAGAAUAAUUAUAUAUAUAAUCGAGAUAAGAACAUUUUGCAUAAGUAGCCAAUUUCAGUCCAUACCAAUCGUUAUUGCAACUGUUACCAAUUAUCAAUUGAAUAAACCCAAAGUCUAUAUAACAACAAAACAAAAAGAGAGCAAAAGCCAACACAAAAUAAAAAAAAUUAUAGUAAUUAAUUGCGUUAUUAAGUUUGUAAAUAAAUUGUAUUGCAAAUGGCAUGGCACACACGACAAACACAGAAAAAAAGAGAGAAAUUAUUUAUUGUAAGUGUAAAUACAUAAAACAAAAAAAAAAAAAGCAUUCUAGCACAACAACAAGUAAAACAGACACAAAGAACUGAAUGGGGGAAAAAGAAAGGACAGCAGCUGUGCGUGAAUAAGGGUAUUCGGAGUGCGGGCAGCUGUCAUUUGCAUGUUGUAAUAAAUUGCCCAAAUCUGAAACAUUAAGAGCCGAACAGACACACAGACAGAUCGUAGCUAUAACCAUGAAACUAGCCAUAAGUUUCAGCAAAUCAGCCAAAACCGAAAAUCAGAGAAUCAGACAGACAUGCGAAGAGGCUUACUUUAGAUGUUGCUGCUUGGAACGAACUAGAAAAAUUGAAUCAUUUAGAAACCGUAAGCUAUAGAGACGCAAGUUCGAUAUAAUUCUAAUCAAAUUGAAGGUUCAGACAUUUUUAGAUACCAGGAUGACGUUUCCUAACUUCCUUCACGACAAAACACCUGAAGAUUAGACAAAAUCAUCUAUGUAAUCCAACAUGUACAACUUUUUGACUGUUUUUCAUAAGCAUUAACAUCCAUAUAAGCAUACAAAAGAAAAUCCAAAAUAAUCACAUAUUUGUGUGUUAAACAGUUUACAAAAAGAAAAAACUCAAAGUAAAUAAAUAAUUAAAAACCAAAAAAACAAUAAGUACAUUUACAUAAAGAAAAAAAGAAAGAGAAAACUCUACUAAAGACCCAUAAUAAACAACUGUUAAAAAUUUCAUGAUAUUUGAAUAGAUUCAUUAGUGUGAAAAGCAGAAUACGAAAAAUUAAUAUUACUAAUAAUAGUAAACAAAAGUAAUAAUAA